AUGAACAAAGCAGUGGGUACUGUAGGUCCUUUACUUAAGGAAGGUAAAGAGUUGGAGGACGAAUUCAAGGACUGUAUAAACUACAGUGUCAUGCCGGAAGAGUUUGAGGCAAAGUGGCAAGCUAUGAUUCAAAAGCAUGGCUUGCAGGACAACAAGCAUUUUGGGCAUUUGUAUAGCAUCCGACAGAGUUUUGUGCCAGCGUACUAUAUGCAUUGCUUCUUCCCGUUCCUCCAAUCCACGCAAAGAAGUGAAGGUUUUAACGCAGUGUUGAAGUUGUAUGUCAACCCAAACCUAUCAAUACUGGACUUUGUCAAGCAAUACCAGAAGAUUCAAGAUAAGUGUCUUGUUGCUCAAGAUGGGCAGGACUUCAGAACCGAUGAUAAGACUCGAAAUAUAUGGUCGAAGAACCCUAUUGAGAAGCAUGCCUCAAUUGUGUAUACGAAGAACAUAUUCUACAGAUUCUCAAAAGAAUUUGAAAAGAUCGAAGAGUAUUUUGUGCAGCAUAUAGGUGACUACCAGUUCAGGCUUGUGCCAAAUGACAAGUUUGUUGAUGGCUAUGGCGCUAGGUCAUAUGAUGUGACAGCAAUUGAAGAAGAAGAAAGCUACUAUUGCGAGUGCAGCAAGUUUGAUAGGGAUGGCAUAAUUUGCUGUCACAUCAUCAAGGUUAUGAGCAGAUUUGGUGUCAAGAAGCUGCAUGACCGAUACAUAAUGGAAAGGUGA